CUUUGUUAAAAGGAAAGAAUUUGAAAAUUGAAUAACUUAUGCUUCUGGCAGUCUCUAUGCUAAUUGCUGUCGGUGUCGGUGGUUGAAUUAUUGUCUUCAACAUUUUUUUUUUAAGAUUACAUCUUUAAGCUGUACGGUUCUCCUACCCACAACAAACCAACAAAAUGAUUGAUCGUCGAAAAUUCUAUCAGUGGUUCAAUUAUUUGGCAGGUGUAUGGUUCAUUAUCAUGGAAAUCAGUUUAAGCGCUGAUUGCCUUAAGGAUCUGAAAAUAUUUGUGCCAGAAGCUGUCAUUAUGGGUAAUGCAGCAACGUUAUCCUGUCAGUAUGACCUCGAACAGGCAGCUUUAUAUUCUGUACGUUGGUAUUUUGGAACAGAGGAAUUUUAUCGCUAUGUGCCGAAAGAGUCACCGCCAACUCUAGUGUUUCCCGUGUCUGGAAUAAAUGUUGAUUUAACAAAUUCAGACGCUACCUCGGUCACUCUUAAAGGUGUAACUCGAGAAUUAACUGGCAAUUAUCAAUGUGAAGUAUCGGAGGAUGCUCCACUCUUUCACACUGAUAUACGUUCAGCGCAUAUGCAAGUUAUUGAAUUGCCCAAAGAUGAUCCGGCUAUGCAAGUCGAUAAGAAAGUGAUAACAUCAAAUGAUAAUUUCAAAGCGGUGUGCACAAUUGGUCCCUCCUAUCCACCGGCAAAUGUCACUUGGUACAUCAAUGGCCGAAAAGUUUACAAAACACCGUUUCAACGUAUUACUCAUGAUACAUAUGAGGGCUCAGCUACUUAUUCAUCUUUGGAAAUUUAUCCGCACAGUCAAGUGCUGCAGGGCUUCUUUCAAGCAGUACCAAAAUAUCAAACAAGUAUACUUUUACUAUGCGAGGUUUCCAUAUUGCAUGUAUUUCAUAAAAAUGUACAACAACGAAUAAUGCUAAGCAUAGGGCCGCCUACGACUAUUUCACCGAAUUUAUUGGGACUUGAAGGUUCAAAACGUCUUAAUGGUGAUCCGGAUAAUUCAGCGCUAACCGGCAAUGCCGCAUGUAUAAAACAAAAAAAUCCAAUACUAAAAUUGUGUUUAUACGCCUUAGCGCUAACAGUAUGGUUAGGACAACAAUACUUAUGCCAAAGUAGAGGGAGUCAACUAUUGAUGACAACAUUACGAAAACAACAGCCGCAGCAGCUGUGACCAAAUAGAGUUUGAAUUGUCCAUACAAUUAUUUAAAUAAAACAAAAAUAACUAAAUAUAUAAAUAAAUAAAAUUAACAAAAAAAUAA